AUGGAAAAAAGAAGAGCUGACGUGACUCCUCUGAAGAAACUAACAUACGACGCAAAAGAAGAAAGCAAUUGGUGGGACGAAUCAGACACAGCUUCGCUAGCACAAAAAAAGAUAAACUCCAUCUUUGCGCAAAUGGAAGAGUAUAAAAAAACAGCAGAAGAGGCCGAGUGCGAAAAGACGCGAAUAGCCAAACUGAAAAUAAACGAGCUGCUGGAGCACUCGGAGAGCAGAGAAAAAGCAGAAGAAAUAGCAGAGCGGCUGAUUCUCCAGUGCCAGCUGCACCACCAGACAAUUUCGCAGCUAAGAAAAAGAGCCAAUCAGAAAAAAGAAGAAGUGCGGCCGGAAGAGAAAAGCACUCCAACCGUCUCAGCAGAAGAAAUAGAGGAAUACAUCGAGAGAAUGGACAAGCUAGAGAGCAGAAUACACCUGAUGCUCAGCAAGUAUCCUCCAAACUACACACAGCUUGUGAAGACAUUGGAGCAGGAGAACAAAGAGCUGUUUCUAUCAAACAAGUCUCUCAUGGAGAAAAUAGAAGAGUUUCUGAAGACAGAAAAAGAGCUGCACAUGGAAAAACAGAAACUCGCAAACGAAGCAGAGAUGAAAAAUAAAGAAAUGGAAGAGAAACAGGCAGAGAAAGAGCUCGAAAUAGAAAAGCUCGUUAAAGAGAAAGAGAUACACCACAAAAGAGUAGACGAGCUGUACUUGGCCAUUGAAACGUUCAACUCCACAGUGGUAGACAAAACAAGGGAGCUGGAGAACGAUGCAAGCAACAAAGCAGAAUGCCAGAAUAACUGCCACGAAAAAAUAAAAGAGCUGGAGAACAAGGAAAUAGACAGACUGGAAGAGGUUGCAUUCUUGGUGCGCAAGUACAUAGACACAGGAAAGAAGAAUGACGAGCUGCUUCUGGAGAUAGAAGAGAUAAAACAUACACUGAGAUCAAUGAAAACAGAAACAGAAAAAACAGACAGUUGCGAUCCGCUAAAAAAUUUACAGAACAAGAACGAGCAAGAUCAGAGCUAUCUGGAGAUAAUAGAGAACCAAAAAAUAGAGAUAGAAAAGUCCAAGCUAGAAUAUUUGGAGAGAAAGUCCUCUGCACAGUACCACAAAAGAAAGUCAGUCCAAUACGAAGCAGAGCUAUCUGCCGCUAAGAAGACAGUGGCUGACUUGGAAGCAGCAAAUGCCUCCCUGCAGAUCCGCCUGGAUGAGAUAAAAAAGAACAGAAAAUCCAGUAAAUCCCAGACGGAUGUAGAGCUGUACCAGGGAAUGAUUCGAUGCGGCGUCUGCUGCACAAACAUAAAGGAUGUUGCUCUGAAGAAGUGCAUGCAUCUCAUGUGCAGAUCGUGCAUCGAUGCGCGGAUGGCCAGCAGACAGAAGACGUGUCCCCUGUGCGGAACAAUUUUCUCGCCAAAUGACAUAGCAAAUGUCUAUUUGUAA